AUGAGUUACUUCCUUGGUCUUAAAAUUGCUAGGAAUGAGGAAUGCAUUAUUGUCAAUCAAAGGACAUUUGCUUUGGAUCUUAUUUCAGAUUUUGGAUUGGAAGGAACCAAACCAAUCAGUACUCCUUUAGAGAUUAAUCAGAGGUUCACAAGUCAAGAGUUUGACAUGUAUUAUGAGUAUCAAGAAACACAUGAGGAUGUGAUACUUAAUGAUCGCACAUCCAAAGAAAUCCUACAUGGAUGGGGUUUUAGGAGUGGUAAGGUACUUAAAGAAUGCACCAGGUUUGGGGUUGUCUACUAUGAUGCUGACUGGGCUACAUGUCCUAUGACAAGAAGAUCUGUGAGUGGAUUUGCUGUGAAGAUUGGAGACUCUUUGAUUCCAUGGAAAUCAAAGAAACAAAAUACAGUUUCGAGGAGCUCGGCUGAAGCAAAAUACAGGAGCAUGGCUAAUGCUGUGGCAGAAAUGGUUUAG